UAGCUUCUCUCAGUACCAGCAGUCGCUGCUGCAGCGGAUGGACGCGUACAGUGGGCAGCCACAUCAACGAGGGACUGCUUUACUAUACAGUUAGCUUUCUAUCGGAAGUAGCGACAUUUUUUUUCAACCUGAGGACAUUACAUCUGGGUGAAGAAGCAAUUUUUCUUUCUUUUUUGUUUUAAAGAAGUCGAUUCGCUUCCCUUUUCUUCGCCCCAACACACACACACAAACAGAUCGAUUGCCCGUCGUAUGAAAAAGGGCGUGUGUUCGGGGUGAGGGGUAGUUUGUUGAAGAUUUCAUGUGGGUAUAUAUGGUGUGUUAGAUAUUUUUUUUUUCCACACCACCUGGGUCUGAAGGACGUAGUGGAGAAUGGGGUGCACGUUGAGUACCGAGGACAAGGCGGCGGUGGAGCGCAGUAAAAUGAUCGACAGGAAUCUGCGGGACGACGGGGAGAAGGCAGCCAGGGAGGUCAAGCUGCUGCUGCUCGGUGCUGGGGAAUCAGGGAAAAGCACAAUUGUCAAGCAGAUGAAAAUCAUCCAUGAAGCGGGUUACUCAGAAGAGGAGUGUAAGCAGUACAAGGCUGUGGUCUACAGCAACACCAUCCAGUCCAUCAUCGCCAUCAUCAGAGCCAUGGGACGCCUCAAGAUUGACUUCGGUGAAGCUGCAAGAGCCGACGACGCCCGGCAGCUGUUCGUCCUGGCCGGCUCGGCGGAGGAAGGCUUCAUGACGGCCGAACUCGCCGGCGUCAUCAAGCGGCUCUGGGUGGACCGGGGAGUCCAGGCCUGCUUCAGCCGCUCGCGCGAAUAUCAGCUCAACGACUCGGCGGCAUACUACUUGAACGAUCUGGACAGGAUAUCCCAGCCCACUUACAUCCCGACCCAGCAGGACGUCCUGAGGACCCGAGUCAAAACCACGGGCAUCGUAGAGACGCACUUUACCUUCAAAGACCUUCACUUCAAAAUGUUUGACGUCGGCGGUCAGCGAUCUGAGAGGAAGAAGUGGAUCCAUUGCUUCGAGGGCGUGACGGCCAUCAUCUUCUGCGUGGCGCUGAGCGACUACGACCUGGUGCUGGCCGAGGAUGAGGAGAUGAACCGAAUGCAUGAGAGUAUGAAGCUGUUUGACAGCAUCUGCAACAACAAGUGGUUCACAGACACUUCCAUCAUCCUCUUCCUCAACAAGAAGGAUCUGUUUGAGGAGAAAAUCAAGAAGAGUCCCCUCACUAUCUGCUACCCUGAAUAUGCAGGCUCAAACACGUACGAGGAAGCGGCCGCCUAUAUCCAGUGUCAGUUCGAGGACCUGAACAAGAGGAAGGACACCAAGGAGAUUUACACCCACUUCACCUGCGCCACAGACACCAAGAACGUGCAGUUCGUCUUCGACGCCGUCACCGAUGUCAUCAUCAAGAACAACCUGAAAGACUGCGGCCUUUUCUGAGCGACGAGGACGACCUGCUUUUGGCGGUGGAGCCAGCUCAUUGUGCAUCUUUUGUAGAGAGGAUGAGAAGAGGAUCAGUGAUGGACCAGUGCUGUACUAUACGCCACUUUUAACAGCUUUAUUUAUGUUUCUGUCUCGGACCAUUCUCAACUAGCAUUAUUACAUUUGUGUAGGCUGUUUGUAUCAAUGUAAAAGCAUCACUUGUCCUUUUUUUAAAAUGUUUGAAUCUUUGUUUUUCAUUUCCAAGGAGUAGGAGAUUUCAGCGUUCUUUGCCGCCAUUUCUGGAAACGGAAACCUUGCCGUUGGUUGGAAAAGCUCCUUUUUUUUCUCUUUUUUUUUCCCAAAACCACAAAACAAGGAUGGAGGAAAGCGGAACAAUUCCGAGUCCAGUUCGUUGGUACCUGUGCCUUCGCAUGCCUUUUACUGCGGUCAUAGUCUCGAUGCUUGUUCUGUUGCCUGCUGAAGUUGUUCUAUACAUACAAACGUAAACUGUUUUCAUACAUUAGUGUCUCUACUAUCUUCUUUGUGCACAUCACUGAGCUGUUAGGAGGGGGAAAAUAUCUGUAGGUUCAAGGCGUUCAACAUGUAGCCUCUUCAGUCCUUCUAGCCCCGCCCCCUUUGCAUUCCACCUGUCAUGACAUUCGAAGGCCUUUCCGGCCAAUCAGAGCUCAACACUGAGAUGUAUAUUGUUACAUUUAGCCCACAAAUCUGGGGCUCUGGUUUUUAAACUGUACAAAAACAUAUAUCAAAUGUUCCCAAUCAUUCAGAAAGCGGUUAGUCAAGGCACUGAGCGUUUAAUAUACUCAAGUAUUUUAAGUACAGAGACCAGGUUUGUCACAUUUUAUUGUAUAUUUUAACAUAUUUUAGAAGAUUUUGGAUUGUUGUAAAGUUGAGGGUGAAGCGAUGUAAGCCAUUUUGGAAUUUUGAGUAUGUGCUUAGAGAUGAAAGCAUUCCCUCUAUUUAAAGAGAAGUGUGACAGUCGGGUUGUUUCUCUGCGGUCCAGAGGAGAGACCACACACACACACACACACACACACACACACAAGUAAACAAGCCCAGGUCUUUUCAUGUAAAGAAACUGCCACAACUGUCUCUGUAUGUGUAUGUUCUUCAUGUAAAGAGAAUCUUUGUAGACUCAUCUCCCUUAUUUUGCUAAUAAAAAACAUUUACAAACCAUUAA